AUGAUGUACUCGCCGGACAAGAUGAUGGGGAGCAAGGGACUCCACGGGGCACCGAUCACCGCCCCGGGGUGCUUUCCCUCGGGGAGAUACUCGCCGCCGCCUUAUCGCGCAGCGCCGGAUCCGAUGCCGCCGCCGCCGAGGCGAUGUAUGCCGAACUCUACGAGUCGUAUAUUCGAAGACGCAUCCAUUGUGUGCAAUUCUUGGUCACCGAGGCAUAAUGGUGAUUUGUUUGGUGGCUUGAACAGCGGUCUGCAAGAUGGCUUACUUUCAAGAGCGGAAGCUUUGGCAGCAGAUUUGGGGAAGCACAACGCCGGGACGCCGAUGCCGCUAAAGCACGAUCCCGUAUCUGUGUAUCAUCACGGAGCACACAUGGCUACCCCCCAUCCAAAUAACCGGCCACAUCAUCAGAUGAGCCAUCCAGGAAUGGAGAGCCUCGACAUGCUGGACCCAGCAAACUCGAUGACGACACUGACGCCGAUGUCCGAGAGCACGGGUGGAGGACCGGGACACCACGCGGGCAUCCACGGUCCCUCCGUCUACGGCGGCAUGAACGGUAUGAUGAGUCACCACCAUCAUCACAGUAACCUAGGCGGCGGUGGCGGCAGCGUGCCGCAUCCGGCGCACCAUCAUCCGGCGAUGGCCGCAGCGGCCGCGGCCGCGGCCGCGGCGGGCCUGCACCCCGACGCCGAUACCGAUCCGCGCGAGUUGGAGGCGUUCGCGGAGCGAUUCAAGCAACGGCGCAUCAAGCUGGGCGUGACGCAGGCCGACGUCGGCAAAGCGCUCGCCAAUCUCAAACUACCAGGUGUCGGCGCGCUCUCGCAGUCGACGAUCUGUCGCUUCGAGUCGCUCACGCUCUCGCACAACAACAUGAUCGCCCUGAAGCCGAUCCUCCAGGCGUGGCUGGAGGAAGCGGAGGCCCAGGCGAAGAAUAAGCGACGGGACCCGGACGCGCCUUCGGUAUUGCCGGCCGGCGAGAAGAAGCGGAAACGUACGAGCAUCGCCGCGCCAGAGAAGCGCUCGUUAGAGGCGUAUUUCGCGGUGCAGCCGCGGCCGUCCGGCGAGAAGAUCGCGGCGAUCGCGGAGAAGCUCGAUCUCAAGAAGAACGUCGUACGAGUCUGGUUUUGCAACCAGCGGCAGAAGCAGAAGCGCAUGAAGUUCGCGGCUCAACAUUGACCCGAGGGUGGCUUGUGACAGCAGAACUGACCGUACCAGCUGCCCAGUCUCGAGCCCAAACCCGAACCCCUGACUGAGUUUCAGGGUUGGCCGUGAACCGCCCAACACUCCGAAGGUGGGCUUCCCCCGGCUGCCCGCCGAUAGACAUCGCGGUGAGGAGAUUCCGAGUCACCGGGAUGUCUAUCCGCGGCAGUCUUUCGCGGCCGCUAAAAAAACGAAUGGUUCGAUACUGCGGGCAGACGUAUCGGUACACGAGGCUGUCACAGGCUGAGGACGAGUCGCUUGUUAUCAUUGCGCGUGUGUAAUAUGCUUGAAACGCAUAUGCUGGAAUCACCGGUUGCAGGGAGCUAUUCUUGACCCGUUUCGGUUCGCGAUUCUCUCUCCUCUUCAGCUAAAUACGAUUACCUCUCGUCACGUUAUACCCACAUGCAAUGAAACGCUGGUGACGCGUUUACGAAUGUUUCACGAUGGAUACCAUCGCGGUACGAUGGCAGUCAAUGUUAUGGAAAUCCAUACUGAAAUCGGUUCCGCCGCGUCGACGUAUCGUUCGUUUUCCACGCGAAUGGAACUUGUUGCAAAAUGACUUUCAAUAUCGAUCAAAUUAACCGUUUUCAAAUUGACUUAAAUGACAAACUUCUAGCAGAGCUUUCCUUAAUCAAAGACACGUAACUUACACCCUGACGUCGAGACAGUAAUCAGGUAAAUUCAAGCGCGCUCGAAAAUACGAACGCGAGUAGAGAUAAUGCCGAGAAAACACUGAUCGCUGCAAUAAUGCAUAACGCUUUCAACGGUAUGAUUUUUGGAAAAUGGACAACUCGUGCACUACGGGGAUAUAAGCGCUUUCUUCGUAUUUUCAUUUACAUUAACAGUAAGCAUUGUAGCGACGGAUUUGUGUGUUGCAUGAUAAUAUUAUAGGGCCACAUAAAUACCAUCCGAUUCGUGCAUUUUAUCCGAAACAGGAUACGAUAUUUGUUAUGUUUUUUUAGGAAUACACAUGGCCGAGUAAAUGUUACCUUGUUUUAAGUAAAACGCUGUCCGAUAUUUGUUAUUAAUUUAACGGUAAAAUAUUUACAUUAAAUUUCACGUAAAAUUAAUAAUUAUA